CUGAGCCACACUUUGCCGGUGAAGGAAGAAUCGGUGGAUACUUUGUGCUUUUACCAAUUUAAAUAAAGAUAAACCGACAUGCAAUUUUUUAAAGUUGCACAUUGCUUGAAAACCUGAAGUAAAGGAGGAACUAAAGGAACAGACACUCGACAUCCAUGACACACAGCGCAGAAAGUCAGGGGACUGUGACCAAUACAUUUUAGGAUCUGAAGCCGCAUCAGACAUCAGUAUUACCGGAAGAAACACACCGAGACGAGAAGACAGGCCCCAGCUGGAACAAAUGCAUGUGAAUUGAAGUGCUCAGGCUCGGUCCGGUUGGUUGGGGAUCAUUGAGGGACUGCAGUAUUAAAGUCUUGCCACCUGGAGAAGACUCCCUUCCUCGUCCAUCUGCUCACGGGAAACUCCGUUUCAGGACUCGUCAGCAAGCCAUGGAAUUCUAGCCCGAUCUGGCAGAAAAAUAUCUCCCAGAACUCGGCUAUUCCCCCCAGGGCUCCAAGUCUAAUCUGCUCCCCCUCUCCUUCCCCAACUUCCCAUGCUUCUCAUCCAUUUCUCCAGCAGCGAAACGUGUACACUCUGGCUGGCCGCCUCACUCAGCCCCCCUUGUCCUCUGUCUCCCCAAGCCCACCUGCCCCCCAACUGCACGUCUCAACUGCACCAGUCCACUUCCAGCAGUCUCCAUCAGCAUAAUGGACUUCCAAAAAAUGCUGCUUAAAAUAGAUCAGUGCCUCAGCAGGGAGGAGGCAGAAACCAUGGUGUUCCUGUGCAAAGACCUGCUGGAAAAAGACCUCAGCACAAUCACAUCCGCCAGCGAUCUCUUCACUCACCUAGAACAACAGGGCCUCUUAGAUUCGGAAGACCUUUUCAUCGUACCAGAGCUAUUGUUCCGGACCCGGCACUUUUCUCUGCUGAAAAAACUGAAGUUGACUAAAACUGAGGUUCAGGAUCUUUUGCCGAGGAAAGGGAAAAUUUCAAAUUACAGGCAACUGCUGUAUGACCUUUCAGAGAAUAUUACCUCAGCUGAUUUGAAAAGCGUGAAGUUUUUGCUUCAAAACACCCUUCCGCGGUGUAAGCUGGAGGAUGACACGAGUAUACUUAAGCUUUUCCUGGAAAUGGAAAAACAAGAUCACUUGGACAAGAACAACCUUGAGACUCUUGAGCAAGUUAUACAAAUCAUCUCCCCAAAUUUAAUUAGAAAAAUAGCCAAGUAUAAAACUGAUAUUGAGCUUUCUAGAGAGGAAACUGGAAACUCCACAGGAUCUCAGAAAGUCGUUUUAAGGCAGCGGUCUAUGGAAAUCCAUUCAUGUACUCAACAGGCAGGUGUAUCAGGACGUUCAAGACCAGCUUCACUGGAAUUGGGAUAUGAGCUGACAAAAUACAAAAUUCCCAGUGAAGAGACCGGAAGUCAUAACCAGGCAGAGCAACUGUCUUCGCUUGACUUCCGUGGCCUCAGUUCUGUCCCAAGCUUCACUGGAUCACUUGAGUCAACAGAUGCUCAUGCUGAAGAUCUUUCAUCCCGAAUGCGUCGGCUAAGUAGCUCAGCAGACAGUGGCAUCAGCUCGUCUUACGCAUCAGUGCAAAAUCCUCGGCCAUCGUUUGCUUCUUCGAGCGUGAACACGAAUGUGGAAUCGGUCCCAGGGGACACAGUGCACUUGGAGGUUUAUGAGAUGAAUGGAGAAAAGAGAGGAUACUGCCUGAUUAUAAACAACUACAGCUUCGCAGAGUCCCGAAAUGCCACAGGCCAUGAUCAGAAACCUUUUUUUGACAGAAAGGGAACCAUGGUAGAUGCCAAGAAACUUACAGAAGUCUUUGAGUGGCUGGGGUUCGUGACUGAGUGUAUAGAUGACUGCAGUCAACGGAAGAUAGUAGAAACCCUCCAGCGAUACCAGCAAAGAGACCAUGGGGCCAUGGACUGCUUUGUGUGCUGUAUUCUGAGCCAUGGACUGAAGGGAGUAGUGUAUGGAGUUGAUGGGCGUAAAAUCCUCAUUAAAGAAAUGACCAGGAAAUUUUCUGGUGUUAUGUGCCCCUCUCUGAGGGGCAAACCCAAGUUAUUUUUCAUUCAGGCUUGUCAGGGCACCGCAGAGCAACUGGCAGCACCAAUUGAAGCCGAUAGUUACGACCCAGACAUCUCCACUGAUGCCUAUGUGCCGAAAAACUGUAUUCCCGACGACUCCGAUUUUCUCAUUGGAAUGGCCACAGUGGAAGACUACGCCUCUUAUCGCGACAAGUUACAGGGCACGUGGUACAUCCAGUCCCUGUGCGAGAAUCUUCAGCUGUUGGUUCCAAGAGGGGAGGACCUGCUGUCAAUACUUACAAAGGUGAACAUGGAUGUCAGUAAGAAAUCAGACAAAUAUGGAAUCAAGAAGCAAAUUCCACAGCCAGCCUACUCCCUGAGGAAGAAACUGAUAUUUCCACACCGUCAAGCUCCAGCUCCACUUCAGAAGCUACAAAAACAGUAAACCACACUAAACUACAGUAACUGAAAAAAUGUGCAAGGGAGUAUCCCCCCGCACAGUGCGUUAUACAGUAUGAGGCAUAGCUCUAGGUUAUUUCUAAUGUUCCAUUAAUUUGUUGUGGAAGUUGGAAAGAGUUCCGGAUUAGCCUCUGACGAAAAGAAAACACACUGAUGCAUAGAUAAAGAGCUGGUGAGGUAUCUGGAGCUGAUCUGCUUUGCCAUGCAUCGGAUGUAUCAUCUGUCUCUUAUGCAAUUACAUCAGAGGGGAGGCAAACUGAUCGGCCAGAGGGCAGCGUGUUGGUAUGGAUAAUAUACAGUGGACCAUACCGAUUAAUAAAAUAUUAAUAGUGGAUUGAUGACAGAUAUAUUGACACCAAAGAGAGAAAAUAUUAGAUGGGUGAAAUUAACUUAAUUUCUUAUUACUGAUAAAUAUUCCAUCGGAACGGAGCACAAUAUUGAAUCAUGAAACCAUUCUGUUUUUUUGUUAUCCUCUUUGCUUAAUGAGAAAGCAGUUGUUCACCCAUCUGUACAGCGAUCUCAGAAUCAGGUGGUACUCUUGUUGAAAUUCACAAUACGGAGCCACAGCAUGGUUGACUAACUUUUGCUGUGUAUCUGGAGGCACUGCAAUUCAGCAAUGAGAAUGUCUGCUCACACACACAGUUGUACAUGAACAAAAACCAAGGUCUUUCUGUGUUCAUUUGUACCCCCCACCCUUGAAUUAUUUUUGUUUUAUCUAAUCAAGUCUAAAAGUUCUGAGUGUAUGAAAUGGUUCACAAAAUGGAUGAAUUUAUAGUCAGUGUGAAUGUAAUUUUUUUGUAUCAAGUCUUAAUAACUGAUCAUGCCUGUUAGCCUGUUCUGAAAAUUCAGACAAUUUGCAUUUUUCUUAUGUUUGAUCUUUAAGGGCUAACCGAGGCAAGCUUCCUGAAGGAACAUCAACCUAUCAUAUCUUUGUAAGCACUGUAAUAUGUUUUAAAUAUCACAGUUUAUUUUGCAGUUUGUAAGUAUUACAAUUUUUGAUCUUGAACAACUGACAUGGAAAAUUAAAGAUCAGACCAGUUUGUUUUUAAAAUGUAACCAAUUUUAUAUUUUCUCUUACCAUUACCCAUCACUUGCAUUCCUGUACAUCUCAAGUUUUAAUAAAACUGACCUUUUGCAAUACUGUACCUAAUCCAAAGAAUAAAAGCAAUGAUUGCAAAGCUUCA